AUGAUGCUGGGCAUUGAUCCCAAAACCAGAAAUGAAGAAGACCUUUCAUGCGCUACAUAUUUAAGAGAUUAUGAGGUCGGAUAUAACAAGACCUGUGGUUCUUACGCUUAUUGUUCCACCUUCAAGUCCACCACGCCAGCCCAGUGCCACUGUAUUGAAGGGUUCGAUCUGAAGCCGGAACCUACAGGUGGUUGUGUGAGGAGGGCUGCGCUUAACUGCCCUGAAUAUCAUUUUAUGCGACUCGAGAAUAUGAGGCUGCCAUUGCCAGAAUAUGUAUCUGAUUUUCACCAGGCAGAUAUUGCGGAAAGUUGUAAGUUUUUCUGCAGUAAUGACUGUAAUUGCACGGCAUAUGCGUUUGUGGAAAUGCAAGAUUCCCCAGGCAAACACGAAUGUUGGUAUUGGGAGGUUGAGCUCAACGAUAUCCAAGAAGAUUCUGUUCGCGGCCAAGACCUCUAUGUCAAAGUGUCUCCUACGAAUUCGGUGAUCCGAGGUUCAGACUCUGCCACAGAGCUCUUGUCUGGAGAGAUCACAAUGGAGAAUUUGGAACUUCCAUUGAUGGAUUUUGAAACUAUUUCCGUUGCCACCAACCGAUUCUCUGACUCCAACAAGCUUGGAAAAGGGGGCUUCGGUGUUGUCUAUAGGGGAAUACUUGACGGUCAAGAAUUCGCUGUGAAAAGACUAUCAGGUAUAUCUGGUCAAGGGAUCAAUGAGUUCAAGAAUGAGCUGAAAUUGAUUACAAAAGUCAAACACAUCAACCUCGUACAACUUAAGGGUUACUGUCUUAACAGAGAUGAGAAGUUGUUAAUCUAUGAAUACUUGGAGAACAGGAGCCUUGAUAUCCAUCUAUUCGACAAAAACCAAAGCUCUGAGCUAAACUGGCCAAGGAGGUUUGAAAUUGCCAAAGGCAUAGCACGAGGUCUCUCAUAUCUUCACCACGACUCGCCGACCAUGAUAGUCCACAGGGAUCUUAAACCAAGCAACGUCUUGCUUGCUAAAGAUAUGACCCCAAAGAUUUCGGAUUUCGGGAUGGCUCGGAUCUAUAAUAGAGGUGAGAACGAAGUUGAGACGACAAAGGUGGUUGAAACCUAUGGGUACAUGUCUCCGGAAUACUCUUAUGAUGGGACAUACUCUGAGAAAUCGGAUGUGUUCAGCUAUGGGGUCUUGAUGCUGGAAAUGUUAACCGGUAUGAGAAACAAAGGAUUUGCCGACGCGAACAACGGCAUCAGUCUUCUCACACACGUUUUCAAUAAAUGGAAGGAAGGAGAAUGGGCAGAUGUCAUAGAUCCCAUCUUGGAUUUGGAUUCAUCAUCACAAGAAGUCAAACGGUGCUUAAAUAUCGGACUCUUAUGUGUUCAAGAUCGUACAGAGGAUAGACCAAUAAUGCCCUCGGUGGUGCUGAUGCUCGUAAGCCAAACAGAGUCGAUGCUGCAGCCGAACCCACCAGGCUAUUACGCUUUCGGGAAUGUUCUUUAUAGUAAUGUUGCAUCUUCAAGCAAUGCAGAAUCAACAAGCAAUGCAGCAUCAGCAAGCAAUACACUACCAACAACAACAAGCAAUGCAGCGUCAACAAGCAAUGCAGCGUCAACAGUGAUCGUCGAAGCCAGAUAA